CAGUUGCAAGAUACGCACUUUAUCUGGAAUAUUUAUCAGAUGAAGGGAGCGAGGUUGAUUAAUCAUGAUUCAAAAUAAACCGAGUAGCUUAGGAAAAUGUCCGUGUUUCUAAAAGCAAGCCGGUGUUGUCCUGUGGCUGUCAACACCUUGGCUAGGAGGUGGCCACUCACUGCUGCACUGGGAACAUGGAGUUGCAUUUUUCAGAAAGUUGCAUAUAGAAAUCUGCAAUCUAGCAGUCACCAUUAUAGCACUCUGAUACCAGAUAAGACUGAAAUUGUCAAGAGAAUGUCUGAAGAAGCAGUGGAAGGCUUCACGGUGUUGGCCAAAGCCUUGGCUGAUCAGGGUGUCCAGUACAUGUUUGGGAUUGUAGGUAUUCCAGUUAUAGAGGUGGCUGUUGCAGCUCAGCAGGUUGGGAUCAAGUAUGUUGGGAUGCGCAAUGAACAAGCUGCAUGUUAUGCUGCACAAGCCAUUGGAUACCUAACAAGGAGACCUGGUGUAUGCUUGGCAGUAUCAGGUCCAGGUGUUCUGCAUACAAUAGGGGGCCUAGCAAAUGCUCAGAGUAACUGUUGGCCAGUCUUGGUUAUCGGUGGCUCAAGUGAUGAGGACCAGGAGGGAAUGGGAGCCUUCCAGGAAUGCCCACAGGUUGAGGCAUGUCGUCCUUAUUGCAAAUAUUCUGCACGGCCCCCAAGCAUUGAAUUAAUUCCCUACCAUGUUGCAAAGGCCAUUAAGAGCACCACCCACGGCAGGCCAGGGGCAGCCUACCUUGAUCUACCUGGGAACCUCUUGUCUGGAUCAGUGGAUGAGUCUCUUGUGCAACCCUUUCCAAGGUGUCCUCCACCCCCAACAUCUCUUGCUUCACCUCAAGCCAUCUCAGAGGCAGUAUCAUUACUUGCUGGAGCCAGCCGGCCACUGGUGGUGGUGGGAAAAGGAGCAGCUUAUGGUGAGGCUGAGGAACAAGUGAACCGGUUCAUUGAAAAAAGUGGCUUUCCCUUUCUUCCCACACCAAUGGGGAAAGGUGUGUUGCCUGACAACCAUCCCCAGUGUGUGGCCCCGGCUCGCUCCCGAGCACUCCUGCAAGCCGAUGUGGUGCUACUCCUUGGGGCAAGACUCAACUGGAUCCUCCACUUUGGCCGCCCACCUCGUUAUGCUCAUGAUGUGAAAUUUAUACAAGUGGAUGUAUGUGCUGAAGAAUUUCAUAACAGUGUUCAAGGAAGUGUGUGUCUGCUGGGGGAUGUAAAAGAGAUUUGUGGGCAGUUGGUGAAAGCUACACCAGGCAUCCUUCAUCCAUCACAGUCCUCCUGGUGGGAUGCCCUUCGAGAGAAGAUGCAAGCCAACAGUGCUGUCAACAAUAAAAUGGCCCUUGAUACAUCUGUGCCCUUAAACUACUAUGCAGUAUUUCACCACUUACACCAACUCCUUCCUGAAGACUGUGUUAUUGUCAGUGAAGGAGCUAAUACCAUGGACAUAGGACGAACCUUGCUACUCAACAUGUACCCCCGCCAUAGACUGGAUGCUGGAACCUUUGGCACUAUGGGUGUUGGAUUGGGUUAUGCCAUCGCUGCAGCACUCUGGGCACGUGACCAUGCUCCAGGAAAAAGGAUUGUGUGUGUGGAAGGGGACUCAGCAUUUGGCUUUAGUGGAAUGGAACUGGAGACGAUAUAUCGUUACAAGCUUCCUAUUAUUAUGAUAAUUGUGAAUAAUAAUGGCAUAUAUGGUGGUCUGACAGAGGAGCUGUUCAAUGACAUUCGUGAAGGGACAGACCCUACCAUCUCCACCCCUCCCAGCUCACUGUUACCCCAGGCCCAUUAUGAGCGAAUGGCAGCUGUUUUUGGUGACAUUGGGCAUUUCUGCACCACAAUUUCACAGCUUCAGAAAGCUGUCACCCAAGCCCUCAAGGAUCAUGGCAAACCUUCACUGAUCAAUGUCAUGAUCAGUCCAAUGGCUCAGCGUAAAACUCAAGACUUUGACUGGCUAACACGCUCAAAGCUGUAAAUACAUUAAGGUAUAGUAGGCUUUAUUCUUAUGUGGGUUUUAGGUUUUCAGAAUUAUUGCUGAUGGGAAAAAAGAUGUACAGUUCCUUUAUAUGUUAUAAGUGGCAUGUUCAAGUGAAUUCAUAGUAAAGUGUAUAUCUUUUAUUGUAUGAAGACAAAAUAAACUUGGAAUAGUUUCAUACAUAAAAUCCACAAUAAACAAAAAUAAAUAUAACCUUUAACCAUACCUGACUAAUACCUUCAUGGAAACUUAAUUUUAUUUAGUUUUGUCCCUGUGUAGCUAGAUCUCAUUUGCAAAUGUGAAGUGCCUGAAGGAUCCUGAAGUUUGAUCAUAUAUCUACUGAUGUAACAUAACAAAUCUUUAAUAAAAUUAGGUAAUUUCACAAAACUAA